AUUCUCCAGUUGGAUUCCACGUGUAACAUUGAACAAUCUUUCUUCAAUGACUGGUUCAGUGGCCAUCUCAACUUUCAGAUCGAGCACCAUCUUUUCCCAACAAUGCCGCGUCACAAUUACUACAAGAUCGCCCCUUUAGUGAAAUCACUGUGUGACAAGCAUGGUUUGAACUAUCAAGUGAAGCCUUUGUUGCAAGCCUUCAAGGAUAUUAUAGGGUCCCUGAAGAAGUCUGGUGAUCUGUGGUUAGAUGCAUACCUCCAUAAAUGAGGCUACUCAAUGAAUCUUCACUCCUCUCUCUUCCUGUCCCUGUCUGAAUUCCAGUUCUGCGUUGGAGUUCCUGUUUCUCUGAGUCUGUAUCCAUCUCAAGUGGUUUCUGCAGUAUAAGAGGAUGCCACCACUGGCUUUCUGCAUGACCUGACAAAUGACUUGAUUCUCAAUUGAUGGCUGAUGAAGAACACCUUGAAUUAAAUUGUUCCGUGCCCUCCGCCCCACUGCCCUUCCCUGUUCAAGUAUUGGCAGGUAUCCACUGCCUAAAUAGCAAUCUACAUUUUAAUUAGAUGAGACAAAUGUAGGACAAUGGGCUUGAUUUUAUUUUAAUUUGGUGUGAUUACUGACACUAAGCAAGAAGUUUGUUGUGUUGUGACACCUCUAGUGUACUUUGUGGAGUAGAACGAGAGGUUAUUACUGCACCAGCUGUAUGAAUAUUUAACCUUCAGUUAAAUGUGCAUCUGACAUGCUCCACUGCAACCAUGACCAUUUACUAGAAGAGGUCAUGGAGUCAUACAGCACGGAAACAGACCCAUUAGUUCAAUUUGUCCAAGUUUGCCAAACUAAGGUGUCAAAGGGGAAGUACAUUGUACAAUAAUUCCAUCUAACCCUGGCAGGCCACUGUUUCCGUAAAUUGGCUUUUGAAGAUGUUGUUGAUAUUAAUGCUGACACUUUAGUCACAGGCAGAGGUUGAGAAUCUGCAUUCCUUCUCUUUCGUGAACAUUCCAAAUAGUAGCAGGUUGCUGCGACAGUACUGUUUCCAAAAUGGCCUUAUGGAUGAGGCUGGGCAGAUGGAAUGUGACCAGUCUGACUACCAGCUGCACUUACAGCACUGCCGAUUGUGAUUCAGAGCCUUACAAAACAGGAUGAUAUGGGGAUCAUGUGCCCAGUAUGCACUGAUCUCAGCUAAGUGUUAAUCUGAUGAUGUCUGUACACAUCUGUAGCACAGUCAGACACCAAACUGCAGACUGAUUUAGGGUGCCACGUUUAAUCUUAACAGACCUGGAUCAAAGGAAACAAUUGUUGAUUCAUGCCCGUAAAUUUCCCUGCUGCCAAAUACCCUUGUGUCGAGGUGGCUGAGGACAUGAUUAGACACUCCUUUAUGUCACUUGCAGUCACAGAGUUUGUAUUCAUUAUAUCAUCAAGACUGACACCUUGGAUGAGUUAGCAAAGGAUAUCUGUGCCCAUGAACAGUGUAUAAUUUGGGGACAGAGGGUUAAACUGCUGCUACCUCUUGUCCAAUACCUAACUCGUUGCUACCCCCUACCCACCCCACCCCAACUCUCACACAACACACACACACACACACACACACACAAACACACACCAGCAGAAACAGGGAGCAAGCAAAAUAUUACCCAUACAAAGCAAAUAAAAUCAAGCCCCAUCAGUCCAUUUACAAGAGAAAAAUAUUAAAGUUUCUACAAUUGACCUGUGGAAUGAAUGGUUCUGUAGCAGUUUGGGGUGAGUUUCAACAAUCUAUGCCGGUUUGAAGUAUGACAUUCAGAAAAUGUAGAUUCAAGCCGCCAUCGACACAUUCUCACUAAACACCAUUCCUUCCCUGCUUUCUGCAACCAUGAUCACUAGGUUCCCAACUUCUGUGUUUGUCAUGUGUCUCUACACAUAAUUUCUUAUCCUAACAGGCAAAAGUCUCUUUCAGUCAUGUCUGUCCAUAAUUUAUAAUAACAAGGAGGACAAUGGUGUCAGUAAUUUUUUUUAAUAAAAUGACUAAUCCUGUUUCUGGCAUAA